ACAGACAUUUUCAACAAGCAGAUCAUUAAAUCUGCUUGAAAUUGAAGUGUACAAGCCUAAGAUUAAGACUAUGGUGUCCUGGUUAUUUCUCUUAUCAGUACUUGCAGUCACUUUUCUUCUUCCAUAUCCAACAACAGGCCAAGUACCUCCUCCCAGUGUAUCAAUAGUUGCUGAUCCUCCAACUGGUCCAAUAUAUGAGAGUACAAGUUACUUACUAACCUGUACAGCUACAGUAAACACUACAAUAGUGAUACACCAGUAACUGCUAGUGUAGUAUGGACUGAUCCUAGUGGUAAUGUAAUACAAACUAAUGAAGCAAGACGUCGAGUGAUACCUCCAACUGGUAACAGUCUUGUAAGCAUGCUAUUGUUUCAACCUAUUGAUACUGGUCUUAAUAAUGAUGGAGGAACAUAUACCUGUCAAAUGAUCAUCAAUUCUGGUAACUCAUUAAUAGCACCAAGUGGAACUACUAAUACUACUCUUGUUGUUACUGUUGAAAGUCUUCCUUCAAUGAUGGUAGAUUUCUCAUCAGUUGGUUCAGUUGAAGUUGGUCAGAGUCUAACUAUAACAUGUACCAUAACAACAGUUGAGAGAUUAGUAGUAAUACCAAUGAUUACUUUCUUUAAAAUGAAUGAUACAGAUAUGGAAAUGCUCUCUAACUUAAAUAGACCAUACACUAUCACAACAGAUGAUACUGGUUCAGUUACUAACUAUACUCUAAUACUGGAUCCAGUGAGGUUUGAAGAUGCUGGAAUGUAUACAUGUAUGGCUGAGUUUAAUGUAACUGGUUUUAAUAAUACCAAUGAUCCUAGCACUGCUACUUAUGAUUCUCAAGAGGCUAGUGAUGUUUUCACCUUGAUUGUUGACUGUAAGUUAUAAAU